CCUCGCGAGAAUCGACGAAAUCUCGGAGUAAUGGCUGGAGAUCUCGGAUAUUAGAAGGUGGAAAAGCUGCAACCUUAAACCGAAGUCUAUCAAAAUCAGGACGAGGACUUUUUGACAGCCAUGGCUCAGGUGGCGUCCCACGGGAAGCUGCUCCUCCAGCGUUUGCACCAGCAGCGAGAGAUGGACCUGCUGUGUGACAUCACCAUUAAAGUCAAAGACGCUGAGUUCAGGGCCCACAGGAACAUUCUGGCCUGUUUCAGCAAAUACUUCAACUCAUUAGCCACAAAAGGUCAAGAUGUGGCCUCCCUUGACCCCGAGAAGGUCAGCCGCUACGCUCUGGAGAAGCUCCUGGAGUUUGUUUACACUGGACAGAUGAACCUCAGCAGCACUCGUCACAGUGCUGUCCGUCGCGCCGCCGUGUUUUUGGGAAUGCCCGACGCCAUUAAAAACUUCCCGGACGCUCCUGAAUCCUCCGAACAGGCCGAAUCCUCACAGUCCGACGCCGAUAAAGAACCGGACACCGCUUCUUCAAAGAGCCCCAACCCGCAGCAGUCGGAGGACAUCCCCAACUCUCCUCUGUCUCUGUCCAUCUCGUCGGUGACUGGCAACUGGGCGAUGGAUGAGGAGGGAGCGGAGCCUGAAGAGGGCGAGGAAGACUUCGAGAAGCUCAUAGACGAUGACGCCGACUAUACGCCAGGGAAAAAGCGAGCGAGAAAACCCAAGACCUUUUUUGGUUGUGAAGAUGGCGAAACGGGCGAAGCGGGAGAGGAAGCAGCGACCACGACGAACAUCACCACCAAUGCGUCGCGCGGGAGGGGACGUCGAAGGGGCCGCGGCCGACCUCCCAUCGUCAAAUCGGAAGAAGCGUUCACAGAGGACGCCGAUAAAGACUCUCAAGACAUCUGGGACACGUCGGCCGAUUGGAGCCCAUCCCAGGAUGAUUUUGACGAGGCUCCGCCCAAAAGAACCAGAUAUGGAGGGAGGAGGGGGCGGGGCAGAAGGGGGCGUGGCCGAGGAGGAAGGAAGAGGAGGUUUGACGUGUUAUUGGAGGAAGACGGCGAGGAGGGAGGAGAGAUUGGAGAGGACGGGAGGGAGUACGGAGAGCAGGAUCCGUCUGAGGCGAAUGAGCAGUCUUUGUCGUGUACUGAGUGUAAUAAAGUUUUCAAAGACCAGAGCAGUUUGAGACGACACGAGAAAAUCCACAAAGGACUGAAGCCGUUCGCCUGCAUCUUCUGCUCAAAGACGUUCAGACAAGCGACGCAGCUCAAGACGCAUCUACGCAUUCACACAGGGGAGAAGCCGUUCGCCUGCACCAGCUGUGACAAGUGCUUUGCUCAGAAGUGUCAGCUCGUGGCCCAUCGGAGAAUGCACCACGGAGAGGAGAAGCCCUACACCUGCGAGCGCUGCGGCUUCAAGUUCGCCACCUCCUCCAACUACAAAAUACACAUCAGGCUGCACACAGGGGAGAAGCCGUACGUGUGUGACAUCUGUGGACAGGCGUUCGCUCAGAGCAGCACGCUGACGUAUCACAAGCGGCGCCACACGGGGGAGAAACCGUAUCAGUGCGACCUGUGCGGCAUGUCCUUCUCUGUGUCCUCGUCGCUCAUCGCACACGCCAGGAAACACACAGGUGAGACUCCGUACAAAUGCGCUCAGCCUCAGUGUGAGUCAAAGUUUGUCACAUCGUCAGAGCUGAAGAAACACAUGAGGAGGCUUCAUCCAGACGGGAACAAUGGCGUCCAGUGUCUGUUGUGUGGAAACAGAUUUGCCAGUGUCAAAAACAUGAUCAAACAUCAGGAGAAAGCUCACGCCGAUGAAGUGAGACAGCACAAGGAGAGAGCCCGAGCAGUCGUCCUGUUGUCGUCCAGUCACCCGGUCGCCUUCGUCCAGAGCAAACUGUCCCAGGACCAGAAGAGCCUCGUCUUCACCGAACCCCCGAACCCCGAGCCCGCCACGCCCGGCCCCAAAACCGACAUCACCAUGGACCCCGGCGACGCCACCACCACCGCCACGCACAUCACCAUGGUCGCCGACACCUCCGCCCACAUCGCCAUGGUCACCGACACCGCCGCCACCCACACCGCCGCCGGCAUCACCAUGGACGCGGGCUCGGCCACCGUCACCAUGGAUACGAGCACGGCCGCAGCGCUCUUGCAGGAUUUCAAGGCGGAGCCCACUCACGCCCCCAUCAGCUCGGAGGAGGGGGCGCAGGAGGUGAGUUUUGAAGCGGGCGCGGAGCAGACCAUCACGUCGGAUACUCUGCACGCUCUGGUGGAGCAGCUCCGGCCGACCUCGCCCGCCUCAAACCUGGAACAAAUUGUCAUAAUUCAAACUGUGGACAACGCGGAGCAGGGCCAGACGCCGAGGAGCACGUAGAGUCCGGGGGAAAUACUCAAACGCAAAAUUCUCCUGAGAUGUAACUAUACUGGCUUAAGCAAAAAUCUUGUAAUAUCGGCACGGAGUUGUACAGUGUUGAAUGAUUAAAAACUGGAUUUGUAAAGUAGAGGUGAGCAAUAUGUAGAGCUGCAAUCAUUUAUCAGAAUAAUCGAGGCUAGGAUUGUCAGAAAUAUCGAAAAUCUGAUACUAACUGAUGUUAAAACUAAAACUCCUACUGCAAAAACACAACAUGAACAAGAAAAUCUAAGGCUACGUUCAGACUGCAGGACUUAAUGCUCAGUUCGUGUUUGUGAAAUCCAAUUUUUUAACGAGGUCACUGACAUUUCCAAUUAAAUGCGACUUGUUUGUGGUCUCCAGUGUGAACUUUAAACGCCCCAAAAGUGUCACGAAUGCACAUCGGAGAACACGACGACGUCACACUCAGCGAGCGUACUCGGUGAGCUCCUGGAGAUUUUAAAGUUGCUGUCGUACCGGAGCCAGAACAUGUACAGCUUAAUUGUUUUAAGAAGGAGACUGAGAAGGAGGAGGAUGGGGUUUUUGGCGUUCAUGGCGUUUUGUGGGGCAGUGGCAGCAGCGUCGCAGCCAAGAGCAGUGGGAUUGCGAUGUGCUUCACUGCUUCACUGACACGGAGUCCAGACACAAUUUUCGUUUGACGAGAAGAAUGUUUGUGUACAUUUGUGACGUGUAGGUGGGAUGAAUGUGACCUGACCGUUCAGACUAAAGUCGCACGUCAAAAGAUCAGAUAUGUAUCGGUUUUAAGAGCACAUAUCCAAGUGUCCUGGGUCGUAUUUGAAAAAAUCAGAUCUGUGUCAUUCAGACUGUCAUUAAAAGAUCAGAUACAGGUCACAUAGGGGAGAAAAAAUGUGAUUUGGGUCACUUCAGGCUGCAGUCUGAACGUAGUCUAAGAGUUCCUGCACAAUUUAAUAUGAAUUUGAGCUUUAUCAGAAAAAGCAUAAGAUCUCAUAAUAACAUAAAGAAAGUCCAAUUAUUUUGUACAUGAAAAUUACAUUUUAUCACUAAAAAGGAGCAUUUUUAAAAAAGUUUGUGGCCAUAAUUAGUAUCGAGUGAAUUCCUUGGUAUCGAAAUAGUGUGGACAUUUUUGAAAUAAAUUGUGAAUAGUUUGACAAAUUGAGACUAGUUUUACCCUCAGAAUUAUCAUCUGGACUAUGCAGAGUCAUAAAACAUGCCAAAUACCUUUUUUAUUUUUUAUUGUAAAGUCAAAAGACAACAUUUGAUCAGUUUCUGGUUUUCCUCUAUAACACAUUUUGAAUUUUUUGUAAAUAUGCUGUUACUAGAAGCCUUCAGUCACCAUAUUUCUACCUUUUAUUUGGUUAAAAAGUUUAUUAAAAACUGUAGAAACAAUUGCAAAAACUUAUGGUAGUCACUAAGUUGAACUCUUAUUGGUCCGCCUCGUCAUGCUGGGUGUGAGUGACAGGUGGGUUUAACCAAUCACAGUGAAGUAGAAUGCUCAGAAGAUCAUUUUAUGAAAAUGUACAGCUACUAAAAUUGAACUCGGCUUUAAGAAAACCUUAAGUCAUAUAAAGUUUUUGCCAUAUUGGCCGCUCUACUAUAAUGCUAUGACGAUACUAGAGGUUUGAAUCGUGCGUUUCCUGCUAUUGUGACACCUUCUGUACAGUGUCGUGAUGUUUUCUAAGUCUCCUGUAAGAACUCGUUGCUCUCGAUCGUACGACGUUUGAUUAUGAUUUGUUGCUUUUUGUGUCUUUACCUGAAUUACAUGGACCCUGAGACAGAAACUGGACUAAAAAUAUCUACUCAAGAAUUAAUCUGGGAGAUGUAAUGUGUGUUUAUUGUAUGAACUUGGUCAUAAAGCCACAACUUUGCCGCUGUUUAAUUUGCAGUUGUAUUUCAAUCAAUAUAAUUAUCUAUAGUCCACAAGUUGUUAUUGUAUUUCUUUAACAUUACAGUGAGAUAAAUUUAAGGUUUGUGGAGUUGAGCAGUGACCGCUCGCCCUCUGGUUCUGGAAGUAAAUUUAUCAUUAAUUUUUCCCAUAGAUAAAAAAGAAAAAGGAAAUAAAAUCAGCUGACGAGAAGAAUUCGUCUGUCAUUCGUUUUUCAAUAUAAAUCCAAAAAGAAAAGGAAAAAAUCAACUAUUUUCUUCAUUAUUUGUCUCCAAAACCAAAAUUAAAAAACGGAUAACGAUUAGUUUUUUUCAUUUUUCGAUUUUGUGUUUAAUUGAAUAAUGGAAAAAUUUAUUUAACUUGACUUAAACUGCGGUGCCGAACUUUUGCACCGCAUACUGACUAAAACAGGACUGGACCAGGUCCGACCAGACCGGAAAAAACUGGGACCGAGACCAAGACUGAGACUGGGACCAUCACAGGACUGAGAGGACUGAGGCUGGGAUCAGACCAGGACCAGGCCGUGACUAAGACCGAGACCAGGACCGAGACCAGGAC